AUGCACCCUCUAAAUCCCUUUCUCCGCGCCUUCUUCCGAAGCACUGUUCCGGGGCAGUGUAUACCCGUGGAGAAUCAUGUACUUCUUGUUCCCACAACAGAAUCCCUGGUCGGUUCGCGAGACCGGGAGUCCGGCAUAUACUACUCGGAUUUAGUCGCGUCGGAGGAAUUUCUAGGAAGCCAUGUGUUACGAAUUCCGAUAAAUACAGGCUCAAAAGAUGGAAAAGAGGAAUCCAAUGUGCGCGACAAUAGAGGCAAAGCAAAACAGGUCACGACAUUCAAUGGAAGGACGGUUAUAAUCAAAGAGAACUCAGUAUACAGCAACAAAGGUUUCAAAUCCUUGACUCAAGCUCAACUUUUGUUUGACUCCUUAUAUCACACAUCCUCGAAUGAAUCGCGACCUUGGCUCAUAUACUUCAUCUCCCGUCCAUUGAUCGGUUCGUUCGACUCGGCUAGAAUUGUCCCCGCAGUCGUGCCAGGGACCAACGCAAAGAUACUUGAGUCCCUCACCUUGAAUACAAAAAGUGUAAAUGGGGAACCUGUCGGAGCACCGCAGAAGCAGGAGAUCAAGUCUCUUGGUGAGUUGCUGGCCAACUUUCCAAUGAUCGCAAGGCAGAUGCAGCCUGGCCUAGAAAGAUUAUUCCGCGAAUUUGGAAAAGAGCUGGGGAAGCCAUUACCGCCCCCUCCAUCAAGAUCACCUUCGGCAUCCGGUAGCGAACGGAGUUACAAAUUAUCACGCGCCGAAACUUUGGUAGAUGAGAGCUCGUCCAUUCGCAGUUGGUCAUCUCGCCGUGGAAGACUGCCCUUCAACUCCGAGGAAUAUUUUGAGGAUGAUGAGGACCUUAUGCGCCGGAGCUUGGAAACUGCCGUAACUGCUGCCAUCGAUCUGUUUCGACUAGUUGACAAGCAGCAGCUUUCACUUCUUGGUGCCACAACUGAUCUUACAGGCCCCUUGGUGGAGCGCCUCAUAGAACGUUAUGUUGCGGAGCAAGUUCACGAGCCUCUCCUGUUUCCUCGUUUGUGUGCAUUCCGACAACCCGAGGAUUCAGAACUAGACAACAGGAUUCGAUACAUGGAAAGCAUUGACAUUACUCAGGUUGGGAUUAGCGUGGAAGGAGGACGCGAAGGGAAGAGAGAACUGAUUCGUCGACUGGGUCGAGGUGUGGAAGAAUUUCGAAAGAUGGGCGAUGCCAAAAGCCCACAUGAAAUGCUGAAUACCUUGCUGGAAACGGUCAAAGUGAUCUCUUAUCCAGGUAGCUAUAACCAAGUGGACGGACUGGGAAGCGAAAAGGGGCGCUCCCCUCUUACCAUCAAUGCCGAUGUUUUGGUUUCAUUGCUCCUGGUAGUUGUGAUCAGGUCACAAACCCGCCACUUGCAAGCCCGUUUACUCUAUAUGCAGCACUUCAUUUAUAUCGAUGAUGUGGAUAGCGGCGAGAUGGGGUAUGCGUUGAGCACAUUUGAAGCAGUCUUGAUGUAUCUGGUCACUGAUUCAGCUGGCCUCCGUCGGGCAAGUGUUCGAAAUCGACGACUAUGGCAAGCCACUAAAACAGGCCGAGUCUCAGAUAUGAGAGGCAUAUUGGAACCUAAUGGAGAUCAUCAGUCUAUUGAUGAAGUCAUUCCCCAUGAGCCUGAACGAAAAUCCGUUCUCUUCCGAACUGAGAACUCCGAGGAACCCGAGGAAUUUGCUCUUGAGACAUCAUCUGUGUACAGUAAUUCGGUACUCACAAACGGCGAAGCAGUAUUGGAUGAUACUACGUCAGAAACGCCUCCUCUCUCGCAUGUCUUCCCAUUUCAGACUUGGAAUGGUUCCUCUACGCCAAGAGACUACAUUCGUCCGGUGAAAAAAGUUUCCAUGGACGUUCGCAGCCUUUCAGAGUCAUCGGCCAUUUCAUUCAUUUCCAGAACCACCACAAUUGGAUCCAUGGCAAGCGGUAUCGAGGGCGAUAGCUCUAUUGAAACCUUGACAAAAACGCAAGACCCAGCUGGCGAUUCAAUACCUAUGAUGGCCGUGGAAAGGCGCCAAACAGAAGCUCUGAAAUACCUACUGAGUCUGGAAGAAUAUUACCCCACAGAAGAUAUUCUUGAAGACACAAAUGCCGAUGGUACAACUUUACUGAAUGCAGCUGUACAGCUUGCGCAUGGCGAAAUUGUUGAAAUUCUUUUGAAUUUUCUAUUCAGCAAAGCUGAUAAUAGUAUGAUCGCUAUGCACUUAACCAAGUCCGAUGUGCAUGGGCGAACCGCAGGCCAUUAUCUUUUCAGCACACCAUCUCUUCUUGCCCGGCUUGGUGGCCUCUUACCCUGGCGACAGAAAGAUAAACAUGGACAGACCCCUCUUUUUGCGCUUUGUCGUUCGUAUGAUCAUCCUGAAUACAAGACCUUGGUUCAGUCAGCCUUGACAGCAGCACAGCAGGCGCAAAGUAAUGGGAAACCUCUUCAACUAGAUGAUCAUGUUGAUGCGAAAGGCAAUACAUUACUUCACAUUGUAGGAGAUCCUGAAAUCACAACUCGGAUACUUCAGCAGAGUGAUUGUGAUCCCAAUGCUACCAAUGACAAAAAAUUUACGCCCCUCAUGAUGGCAAGCAAGUACGGACGCGUGGAUCAGGUGCGCAUCUUAUUCAUGGAUCCGAGAGUGGAUGUUUAUGUCAAGGAAACUCGUGGAUUGACAGCAGUUGAGCUCGCCAAAGAUGACGAGGUUCGAAACAGAAUCGAUGAUCUCAUUCUAUUGUCCCAUCCACCGUCAACAUUGGGGGAUCCGUCUGGCCGUGUCACAACUGUUGUGCGAUCUUUCUUCGUUGAAGAUGCAACAGUGCGAUUCAUUCUUAAAUCUGGCGCGCCUCACACUUCAUCAGAGUCGAUGGCUUCUUCGCGACCAGGCUCAACAACGUACACUGUGACAACAUGUCGGCGCAGCUUUCAAGAUUUCGAGAACCUAGCAAAGUGGCUCUCAGUGGAGCAUCCUGCUUCUUAUGUACCAUCACUUUCCGACUUCCGGAAUCCGUUCCAAAUCCACUCUAAGCCAUCUCGAUCCGUCCUCCAUGAUCUUCAAGAAAAGCUUGACCGUUUCUUGAAAACUUUGCUUACACACCCAACAUUUUCUACUCACGAAAUGCUUUGGGAAUUCUUCCUUGUUCCGGAAUUACAACCAGAAAUGAUGGCAGACCGAUCACGAAGCAAAGCAGCUGUUCUAACUGAAACCAUCGCCGAUGAAUUCGCGCCAAUAUCAAUUGAAGGCACCCGUGAUACAGAACAAUUUGUAUCACACGCGCAGGAAAUGGUACGCGGUGUACAUGUCAAAACUCGUAGCGUUAUUCGCCGUGGAUAUGCGCUCCACAAUAGUGCCUCGGACAGUGCGGAUGCCGUUGCUUUAUGUUCAUCAGUUCUUGCUACCUUAAAAGAACCUACGAAUGCACUUCCCCAGCUAUACAUCGAUGCCUUUACUCGCUACGGUGCAUGUCUCUCGACCUCAAACUCCGAUUCAUCCCCACUUCUCCACUACCUUGCUGCUCUCACUGCCAUCGACAAUACAACUGUCGCCAUUCUCUCAUCCCUCUCGCGCCCUCUAUCCCUUAUCUCAGAUCUUGCUUCUACCAACCGCAAUAUCUCGCGCUCACGCUCCUCUUUGCUCUCAUCCUCACUUCCCCGCAAGUUCAACAUCAACCUCCCUGGUUUUGAAGAGUCACGACAAAAGUCUGUCCGCGAUCUCGAGAAAAAGAUCCAAGAAGGAGAAAACGAGUCAUCACGGCUUGCAAGAGAGGUAUCGUGGAACAAAGAUGUUGUCGUCGGUGAAUUAGCAGGCUGGACCACCUGGCGUGAGAAAGUUGGGCGCGAAGCAAUCCGCAAUUUCGUAAAGAACACCCUCGUCCGCGAAAAGGAACGAGGCAAACGCAUGGAGAGAUGCCUACGCUCCGUGCGCGAGAUGAAAGAGAUGAAGUCAUGA